GGUGCUCACCUACCAAAGUACAGUAUCAAUUGUUUUUACCUUCUCCACACCAAGACUCAAAAAUAUAAAAUAUGCUCAUAUCAAAAAACAGAGCCUUGAUUACUACUCAUCCUGGUCAAUGGUGUUUCCCUGCUUUCUUGCCCUUGAGUGACCCAUUCCCGAUUUCCAAAUUCCCCUCCUCUCUGCAAGCUUGUCCUCACAAGCAACAAAACCCCUCCCUGUUUGGCUCCUUGUCCCCUUGUCACAUACAGCAGCAGAUUAAUCUCUCACUUCUCCUUCAAACUCCUGUCUGAUCACACACUCAUUUCUUCAGGUAGCUUCCGCGCGAUCCCGCUCUCACUCUUACCUCCCACCAUCUCGGCUGAAUCUCGUCGCCUAGUUCGUUGGUGGAGGUGGUGACUGGUGACUAUGACGGCGGCGAGGGCGAAGGUCCUCCUUGCCGUCGCUUCCCUCUCCUGUCUCCUCCUCUCGUCGCCGGCGGCCUCCGCAGCCGCGGGAGCAGAGGUGGCAGGCGGGGUGGCUCAUCGGAACAUCGAGCGCAUCGCAGGAAGUGCUGGUGAUGUUCUAGAAGACAACCCUGUUGGAAGGUUGAAGGUUUUCGUCUAUGACUUGCCAAGCAAGUACAACAAGAGGAUUGUCACCAAGGAUCCACGAUGCCUCAAUCACAUGUUUGCAGCUGAGAUAUUCAUGCAUCGUUUCUUGCUCUCUAGUGCGGUGCGAACACUCAAACCAGAAGAGGCUGAUUGGUUCUACGCACCAGUUUACACUACUUGUGAUCUUACUCCAGCUGGACUUCCACUGCCAUUCAAGUCCCCAAGAAUGAUGAGAAGUGCAAUCCAAUUUAUUUCACACAAGUGGCCUUUCUGGAAUAAAACUGAUGGAGCUGACCACUUCUUUGUUGUUCCGCAUGAUUUUGGUGCAUGCUUUCACUAUCAGGAAGAAAAGGCUAUUGAACGUGGAAUUCUUCCAAUGCUCCGUCGUGCUACAUUGGUCCAAACAUUUGGACAGAAGAACCAUGUCUGCCUAAAGGAGGGUUCCAUCAUUAUACCACCAUAUGCACCUCCGCAGAAAAUGCAGGCUCACUUGAUUCCACCUGACACUCCCCGUUCAAUCUUUGUUUACUUCAGGGGACUGUUCUAUGACAACGGCAAUGACCCUGAGGGUGGGUACUAUGCUAGAGGUACCCGAGCUUCACUGUGGGAGAACUUUAAGAACAAUCCUCUCUUUGAUAUCUCCACUGAUCACCCUGCCACUUACUAUGAAGAUAUGCAACGCGCUGUCUUCUGCUUGUGCCCAUUGGGAUGGGCACCAUGGAGCCCAAGGUUGGUGGAGGCCGUGGUUUUCGGCUGCAUUCCAGUCAUCAUAGCUGAUGACAUCGUUUUACCAUUUGCUGAUGCGAUCCCAUGGGAGGAGAUUGGUGUUUUUGUCGAUGAGGAGGAUGUUCCAAAGCUAGAUUCAAUCCUCACCUCCAUUCCAGUAGAAGACAUUCUGAGGAAGCAAAGAUUGCUUGCCAAUCCAUCUAUGAAGAAGGCCAUGUUAUUCCCACAGCCAGCCCAACCUAGGGACGCGUUCCAUCAGAUCCUAAAUGGCCUUGCUCGCAAGCUGCCACACACGCAGAGAGUAUACUUGCAACCAGGAGAGAAGCACCUCAACUGGACCGCUGGGCCUGUCGGAGAUCUGAAGUCUUGGUAGCAGGGAAGCUCCACUGCAAGACUAAGUCCUUCCCUGCUAAUUAUACUGUGAAAUUCUGACUUCUACGUGGAGCGGCGGCGGAGUUCCAUAGAAUCAGUUGGUAUAUAUUUACCAAUUACCAAGUGUGUUAUAGUCCUUUGGUGCCACUGAAAUCUGAAUGCUGAUUCUGUGGACCGGAUUGUAACUGUGUAAUUGUACAAAUUGAAUGAUUAAAGAAAUGGAAUGCGUGUGUUCUUGUGUGAAGGUUGGUUCGCCUGAGAUGUUGGCAAAUUUGUGUAUGUUACAGAUUCCAGAUUGUGUAUACUCUGUAGUAGAUACCUCUGCAAGUGAUUGGAGCUUGUAUGUUCGGUAUGAACAACAGAUUGCUGUUUAAUUAAGUUACAGCUCGGUAUGUUGUUCCGGUCA